GUUGGAAUGGGGCGACAUGCUAUGAAGAGAAGAAAGAUACACACCAAACUCGAACCUUCUUUCUCAACUUUUGUCUCAAAUUAGAAUCUUUUUAAUUUUUUUCCUUUACCCAGAAACCAGAUUCACACUCAAAUCUCCUUGGAAAGAAGAAGAAGACAAAGAGCCAUGUCGGAUUCUUUAGUGACGGCGAUAUACAGUUGGUUCACACCGACAGUACUAUUCAUCUUCCUCAACUUAAUAAUUGGUACUAUUGCAAUUACCUCCUCUCUAUCUUCUUCUUCUUCCAAAUCCAGCGACCACCAAUCUCAGAUCCAACGCUCUCCUUCCGUGAUUCACCGUCUCAAGUCCAUAAACUUCUCCUCUUUCACUUCACCACCCGACAAAACUCAUCUCCAGUUUCCUCCUGUCCCAACAACUCCAGACGAACCACCAGCUUCCAUCGAACAGAACCAGCCUUUUCUCUCUAGAUCUCCUUCCGUUCUCCACCGAAUCAAAUCUUUCAACCUCUACAAUUACAUUUCUCAAGAACCCAUCACCGUCGCCGAAUCACCGCCGCCGCCGGCGUCUGUCCCCGCCGUCGAGGAAGAGGAAGAGACGGGUCCGAGCCUCGAAGAGGUUUACAGUAAGCUGAAUCUGAACCACGUGGCUAGGACGAAGUCCGACACCGAGCCGGCUGCUGGAGCUCUCCCACCGAAGCUUCCCAAGAAGAUGAAGAAGUCGGCGAGCACCAAGUCUCCUUUCUCUCAUUUCGAGGAAGCGGAAGACGCCGUGGAGGCUCGUCGGCCGGAGACGGUUAGGGUGACGAGGGUGACUCCGGUGGAAGAGGCCGCCGAUGAGCAAGUGGACGCCAAAGCUGACGAUUUCAUCAAUCGUUUCAAGCAUCAGUUGAAGUUGCAGAGGAUUGAUUCCAUCACCAAGUACAAGGAGAUGGUCAAGAAAAGAAACGACAAGUGAGAGAAAAGAGAAUCACGGGGGGUCUGUUUCUUAAUUAUGUAUUAAUUUUGAGGACUGUUCUUAUAAAUUACCUGGCUGUAUUCUCAAUUUCAUGUAAUGGUUUUUUUCAGUGUGCUUAUGCAAUUUGUGACCUGUGACCGUUCUUUUCGCCAGUUAUUUACUUAUAUGCUGUUUUUCA